AUGGCUACCUUCUCUAGCACUUCUGCUGCUAUUGCUGCUGCUUCUAAUGUAUUGUCAACACCGUCAUCAUUAGGCUAUCAUCAUUUAUUUUCAACAUCAAAUAGCAGCAAUAAUAAUAAUAAUCAUAAUAAUAAUAGUAGUAACAGUACAUCAUCUGAUGAAAAUACAACACAAAUAACAGCGAUUAAUAAUGUUAAUAUUAAUAAUUCAUUUGAUACAAAUACAUCAUAUUUAAAUAAUACUGAUUUUCCAUUAUGUUUAUCAUCAAAUCAACAAACAAAUCCAUUUGAUGUUGUUGUUUCAUCAUCAACAUCACCUUCUUCACAUUUUAAUCAUGAUCCACUUGUACGACAUUUUUUAAAUUCUAGACAAUAUGAUUCCAAUCUUACAGGAAAUUAUUAUACAAAUAUGUCAACAGGAUCAUUUGUUAAUGCUUUUGAUUAUCCAUAUACAAAUAUUACACCAACAACAAUAACAACAGGUCUUGCUUCGGAUACAGUUGUAUCAAAUCAUGGUUUUCCAUCAACAUUAACAUCAAAUAAUUUACAACAACAUCAUCCUCAUUCUCAUUCAUUUAUGAAUUCUUAUAUGUCAUAUACACAUCCUCAACAACAAAUAUUAAAACCAUCAGAUACAUUUUCACUUUCAAUUGAACACCAACAACAUCACCAUCAACAACAACAUCAUCAUCAAGGAAAUCAACAACAAAAUAUUUAUCCAUGGAUGAGACGUAUUCAUAAUAGCUGUGAUCCACAUAUUGGUGAAACGAAACGAACGCGUACAUCAUAUUCAAGAUAUCAAACACUUGAAUUAGAAAAAGAAUUUCAUUUUAAUCGAUAUUUAUCACGAAGAAGACGAAUUGAAAUUGCACAUAGUCUUGCAUUGACUGAACGACAAAUUAAAAUUUGGUUUCAAAAUCGUCGAAUGAAAUGGAAAAAAGAUAAUAAAUUACAAAGUUUAAAUGACAUAAGUAAAAAUGAAGAUAAAGCUAUAUCACUGAAUAUAAAACGAGAAAAACAAGAAACAUCAUCAUUAUCAACAACAAAUGUGAAUCGUACGAUUAAUAAUGAACAUCGUCAAUCAUCAUCGUCAUCAUCAACUCCAAAUAGUUUGAAUUGA